AUGUUCGCUGUUCCAGGGUGGUCCGUCUCGGCAGACGCCCUCAAGUCGGAAACUUUGGGCGGCCAAAAGGAUGGCGCGGCGAAAAGCCAGACACGCAAGCGCAAGAGAAACAACAACAAGGACGAGAAGGUCACGGAUUCAAACGUUGCUGGCCUAUAUGAGAAUGUGAUCGAGGGCAAGAAGACCGGCGGCGGCAGCAAAAGCCGUAAGAGCGAGGGUGGCGAGGAGACCCCCAAGAAGAAGGAGCGCAGAGAGUCGAAGGCUGCCGAGGAUGCCGAGGAAGCUCCCUCCAAGCCCAGUAAGAAGCAGAAGAAGGAGAAGCACUCUCAACCCCCCCAGGAGGAUGAGAAGGCGAACACCCCCAAGGUCGACAAGAAACAGAAGAAUGAGAAGCCUGCUGGGAUCCCUCAAGAUGAGGAGAGCACACCCAGGGUCGACAAGAAGGACAAGAAGGACAAGAAGCAGAAGAAGGACAACUCCAAGCACGAAAGGCAGGAAGAAGCUGAAAAACAACCCUCAGAGACGCCCAACAAGGAGGACAAGAAGAAGAAGAGCAAGGAAGCAGCAGCAGCCAUCGCCGCCUCCGUCCCGCCUGUGCCUCCUGCUCCGGCGAAACUCACGCCGCUGCAGGCCAAGAUGAGACAGAAGCUCAUCUCAGCGCGAUUCCGCCACCUCAAUGAGACGCUGUACACGCGCCCUUCGGCUGAUGCCUACCAGCUCUUUGAGGAUUCUCCCGAGAUGUUCUCCGAAUACCACGAGGGUUUCCGCCGGCAGGUUGAGGUGUGGCCCGAGAACCCCGUCGACGGCUACAUCCGCGACAUCAAGCUGCGUGCGAAACAGCGCUUCCCGCCUCGCGGAAUGCCCCCUAAGAACCCCAACGGACCCCAGCCGCUGCCCCGGACCGACGGCACUUGUGUCAUCGCCGACCUGGGCUGCGGCGAUGCCCGCCUCGCCUCGACGUUGUCUCCGGAGGCCCAGAAGCUCCGCCUUCAGAUUCAUAGCUACGACCUCCACUCCCCAGCGAAGCACGUCACCAAGGCCGAUAUUGCCAACUUGCCCCUCGCCGACGGCUCCGUUGACAUUGCCAUCUUCUGCCUGGCGCUGAUGGGCACCAACUGGAUCGACUUCAUCGAGGAGGCAUACCGCAUCCUUCACUGGAAGGGCGAGCUCUGGGUUGCCGAGAUCAAGUCCCGUUUCGGACCCGUAGGUCGCAAGAACGCUGUCGUGGAGCACAGCGUCGGCAACCGCAAAAAGGCAGCUGCUGCAAAGAAGGGUAAAGGUGCGGAAGAGGAGACGGAGGCGGACCGCACGGCGCUGGCCGUCGAGGUUGACGGUCACGAGGAUCGCCGCGGCGAGACAGAUGUUUCUGCUUUCAUCGAGGCUCUGAGGAAGCGUGGCUUCGUGCUGAGGGGUGAGGGUGAGGGCAACAAGGGUGCCGUGGAUCUGUCCAACAAGAUGUUUGUCAAAAUGCACUUCAUCAAGGGCGCGGUUCCUACUAAGGGCAAAGGACUUGCUGCUGCCAAGGCUGCUGGCUUCGUCGAGAAAGAGAAGAAGCAGAAGAGAUUUGUGUGGGAGACCGAGGAAGACAAGGUCGAUGAGACGGUCAUCUUGAAGCCUUGUGUCUACAAGAUUCGGUAG